AUGUCUCUUUGCUGUGCACUAUCUAAUGAAGUUCCAGAACAUCCAGUAGUUUCUCCUGUUUCUGGUUGUAUAUUUGAGCGUAGACUGAUUGAAAAAUACAUUUCUGAGAGUGGCACUGAUCCAAUCAAUGGAAAGGAUCUUAAUGUUGAACAGCUCAUAGAAAUUAAAACAACACCUGUCGUAAAGCCCAAGCCACCUUCAGCUACUUCCAUUCCUGCUAUAUUAAAAACAUUGCAAGAUGAGUGGGAUGCAGUUAUGUUGCAAAGUUUUACUCAGAGACAGCAAUUACAAACUGCAAGGCAGGAACUAAGUCACGCCUUAUAUCAACAUGAUGCAGCAUGCAGAGUUAUCGGUAGGUUAACGAAGGAAGUGACAGCUGCCAGAGAAGCUUUGGCUACGCUGAAGCCCCAAGCUGGCAUUGCUCAACCGACUGCUAUUCCACAACCAGCAUUGGCUGUUGAAGCUGGGGGAGUGGCUAACCAACCUACUGAACAAGCAGGAAUGUCUGCUGAAGUUAUCCAGAAACUUCAAGAUAAGGCUACCGUUCUUACUCAGGAAAGAAAGAAGAGAGGCAGAACAGUUCCUGAAGAUCUUGUUCCUCAAGAAAACAUUAGAAAUUAUAAAACUGUUGCUUCCCAUCCUGGUUUGCAUAGUGCAUCUGUGCCUGGUAUUCUUUCUCUUGACAUCCAUCAAGCAGAUACUAGUAAAAUCUUGACUGGAGGUAACGACAGGAAUGCGACAGUUUUUAACAAAGAUACCGAACAGGUUGUUGCUAUCCUGAAAGGUCAUACGAAAAAAGUCACCAGGGUUAUUUACCAUCCAGAUGAGGAUGUUGUUAUUACAGCUUCUCCAGAUACAACUAUUCGUGUAUGGAACGUGCCAAAUUCUCAGCCUUUACAGCUGUUGAGAGCACACGAUGCUCCGGUAACGGGACUUUCCCUCCAUCCUACGGGAGAUUAUGUUCUGUCGACAUCAACCGACCAACACUGGGCCUUCUCAGAUAUUAGAUCAGGACGCCUGCUUACCAAGGUGGCAGAAGGAGGAAAUGCAGUUGCUCUAACGACUGCGCAGUUUCAUCCUGACGGCCUUAUUUUUGGUACUGGUACCUCUGACUCACAAGUUAAGAUCUGGGAUCUGAAAGAACAAUCAAAUGUUGCCAACUUUUCAGGUCAUUCUGGUCCUAUCACGGCGAUAUCAUUUUCUGAAAAUGGUUACUAUUUGGCAACAGCUGCUGAUGAUACCUGUAUUAAACUCUGGGAUUUGAGGAAACUUAAGAAUUUUAAAACUCUACAAGUUGACGACGGUUACGAGAUCAAGGAUUUAUGUUUUGAUCAAAGUGGAACAUAUUUGGCUGUUGCUGGUACAGAUAUAAGGGUGUAUGUUUGUAAGCAGUGGUCCGAGUUGAAAGUUUUUAACGAUCACACUGCAAUGGCUACUGGAGUUAGGUUCGGAAGAAAUGCUUCAUUCAUCGCUUCGACGAGCAUGGACAGAACAUUAAAGUUGUACAGUGUGUAA